GCUUGCUGUAUGUCUAGCGCGCCAACUUUCUGUGUGUAGUCCAGUGUGCGCGGUACAUAGGAAUGUGUCCAUAGACUCCGCGUGCAGUGUAUGAGGGGGACGGCGCUGCCUCUAGUGGGCUCUCGCCAUUGUAAACAUCCGCUGUGCUGCUGACACUACUAGUGCAGUCAUGCCGCUCACUGCUGGUGUGAUCCGCCGGCUGGAUGAAACGGUGGUCAAUCGCAUUGCAGCGGGGGAAGUGAUCCAGAGACCUGCGAAUGCCAUCAAGGAGAUGAUCGAGAACUGUUUAGAUGCUAAAUCAACCAGCAUUCAAGUGACCGUUAAAGAAGGUGGGCUGAAGUUAAUUCAAAUUCAAGACAAUGGUUCUGGAAUUAGGAAAGAAGACAUGGAAAUAGUUUGUGAGAGAUUUACUACAAGCAAACUACAGUCAUUUGAAGACUUGUCCAGUAUUGCCACUUAUGGCUUCCGUGGUGAAGCUUUAGCAAGUAUAAGUCAUGUGGCUCAUGUAACCAUCACAACCAAGACAGCAGAUGGAAAAUGUGCUUACAGAGCAAACUAUGCAGAUGGGAAACUUAAAUCUCCACCAAAACCAUGUGCUGGCAAUCAAGGAACCCAGAUAACCGUUGAAGAUUUGUUUUAUAACGUGACUACCAGGAGGAAAGCUCUGAAAAGCCCAAGUGAGGAGCAUGCAAGAAUAGUAGAGGUCAUUAGCAGGUAUGCCAUCCACAACUCUGGCAUCGGCUUCUCUGUUAAAAAGCAUGGAGAGACGAUGGCAGAUGUACGAACUUUAUCAAAUGCAACAACAGUGGACAACAUCCGGACUAUAUAUGGGAAUGCUGUAAGCAGGGAGCUAAUUGAAGUUGGUUGUGAAGAUGCAAAACUGGCAUUUAAACUUAAAGGUUACGUAACUAAUGCCAACUAUUCAAUGAAGAAAUGCAUUUUUUUGCUUUUCAUUAAUUCAAGGCUUGUAGAAUCCACUGCUUUGAAGAAAGCUAUAGAAACCGUUUACGCUGCUUAUUUGCCAAAGAACACCCAUCCAUUCUUGUAUCUGAGUUUGGAUAUAUCACCUCAGAAUGUUGAUGUCAAUGUUCAUCCAACAAAGCAUGAAGUUCAUUUUCUACAUGAAGAAACCAUUAUCGAAAAAGUUCAGCAACACGUAGAGAGCAAGUUGUUGGGAUCAAAUUCCUCAAGGAUGUAUUUUACCCAGACUAUGUUGCCAGGAGCAUCUAUCUGUGCUAGUGAACUUGUGAAACCUACAUCCAGCACAUCUUCUACAUCUCAAAAGUCUGGAGAUAAAGUGUAUGCUCAUCAAAUGGUACGCACUGAUGCCAGAGAGCAGAAACUGGAUGCCUUUCUUCAGCCCUUAGCCAGACCACAGCCACCUAGUGUUCUUGAAAUCAGUGUAUCUAAAGUUGUUGAAGAUCAGAAAGGGGACACAGGAUUGUCACAGAAUGCCUCCGUGGAAGAGAUUAAUGAUUUUGAAAUGCUCGAUGCUUGUCAGGUUGCUGAUAAUACCAAGGAAUGUGAAAUUCCAAAAGAUAAUGCUGUAGCGAGUACAUCAUUCGCAUGUGAACCACCAAGGACGAAGAGGCCACGUCGUGAUUCUGAUACUGAGAUGGUAGAAGUUGAAGCUGAUAAAACUGUGACGGCGGCUGCCACACCUAGAAGGAGGGUCAUCAGUUUAAUCAGUAUAUUGAACUUGCAGAAGGAAAUAGAGGACCGUGCUCAAAAAAAUCUGCAGGAAAUGCUGCGUCAUCACUCUUUUGUAGGCUGUGUUAGUCCACAGUGGGCACUGGCUCAAUAUCAAACAAAACUCUAUCUGCUUAAUACUACAAAACUGAGCCGAGAACUCUUCUAUCAAAUUCUUAUUUACGAUUUUGGAAAUUUUGGUAUUAUGAAAUUAUCUGAGUCUGCACCAAUAUAUGAUCUGGCAAUGCUGGCCUUGGACAGUCCUGAGAGUGGGUGGACAGAAGAAGAUGGUCCCAAAGAAGGUCUCGCUGAAUACAUUGUUCAAUUUCUUCAGAAAAAGUCAGAAAUGUUGAAAGAUUACUUCUCCCUUGAAAUUGAGGAUGGGAAUAUUACUGGACUACCACUCUUACUAGACAACUACAUUCCUCCCCUGGAAGGGUUACCAAUGUUCAUUUUGCGCCUAGCUACAGAGAUAAACUGGGAUGAUGAAAAGGAAUGCUUUGAAAGUUUUAGUAAGGAAUGCUCAAUGUUUUUCUCUCUCAGGAAGCAAUAUGUAUUAGAGGAGUCUUCUAGUCCUGAGGAUAAGGAUUUGGCACAAGACGCACCUUCCUGGAGAUGGACAACUGAACAUGUCUUGUACAAAGCCUUCAGGACACACCUGCAGCCUCCAAAACCAUUUGCAGAAGAUGGAUGUAUUUUGCAGCUCGCUAACCUUCCAGACUUGUAUAAAGUGUUUGAAAGAUGUUAAUGCACUGAGCUAUGCAGCAAGUGAUGAAAUACUGGGCUGUACAUUUCUUUUAUUUGUAUAUUUUCUUUUUUCAUUGUAUAGUUUGUAUAUAUCUAAUAACUAAUACUGACAAGAUAAAAUAAAGUGAAACUAUGUCUUCCAAAAA